UGGCGUGACUGGCGUGAAUAUUAUUGAAAUCUCAAUUAAAAUAUUUGCAUAAAAAGCCAACAAAAAGCAUCCCAAAAUAUAAAGGAUAAAGAAUAUUACUCACUGACCACACACUAAUCAAGAAUAAUACACUUUUAUGCCGAUAUUGGAAUAUUGGAAAUAGUUGAUUGGCAAUCUUUCAUAUGAUGAAGUAAUUUUUAUGUUGAGAUUAUUUCCCCAAAAAUCCUGUUUCUGGAAAAAUGCCCACUAUAAAAUUAUCAGCAGGUAACAUUAUAGAGGACGCAAGUGAUAAUGAAGUUUCUGGUAAUGAAUCUGAACGUUCAAACUCCAGCCGCGAAAACGAUGGGGCCCACGAUUCUACUGGAGAUGAACCAGACUCAGAUGAUAGUUCUGAAAUGGAUGAAAGUGAGUGUGAUUCGAGGCGGAAUACACUAUUACAACAUGUUCAAGACUUGGAGAGUCAAUUUGGACAGCUGAGAGAACAGUUGUAUAGAGAAAGGAUGUCUCAGGUUGAAAUUCAACUAGCAGAAGUGAAAACUGGAAAAUCCAAAGAUUACCUUGUAGCAUUAUCUGAACUGCAAGAAAAUAUGAGAGUGAGAAUUGAGGUAGCUGGAAUUCUCAGACAACUCAAACUUCAGAAUAUUGCUAAUCAACAAGAAGCUGAAGAACAAGCAGCUUCACAGAAUUUUGAAAGUGAAAAGAACCUUGCUGCAGACUAUUAUUAUAGUGAAUUGAUGGAUACCAUAAGGCGAUUAGAAGAAGACAGGCAUAACAGUGAAAUAAGCUGGGGAGAAGGAGGGGAGUGGGGUUUCAGAUCUAGGUCUAGAAAUAGAAAAAAAGCUGUUACAGUUUCUGGACCUUAUAUAGUGUAUAUGCUCAAACCACAGGAUAUUUUGGAAGACUGGACUGUUAUUCGAAAAGCCCUCAAGAGGACUUCUUGACAAUAUUCUAGUUCCCUCAUUUUGUCAUAAAAAAUGCUAAUUUAUGAAUUUGAAACUGUAUUCACCAUUAUUCACCCAAUCCUGUAAUUGAAAAGUGAUAUCAUAAUUGAAUGAGUAUUGAGUACUUAAAUGUAAUCAUAAUAAAAUGUAACUU